AUGAGUGGAAUUCCAAAGGUCCUUCUUUUAGAUGGUGAUGGUGUUAUUUGGAUUGAUAACCAACCAAUCAAAGGCGCAAUUGAUGCCCUAAACAGAAUCAGAAAACUCGGUGUUAGACUCGUUUUAGUUACAAAUAACUGCUCAAAAACACGUGAGCAAUACUUAAAACAGCUUGAAAAGCUCGGCCUUCAAGGAUUUGAAGUAGAAGAUGUCUUCUCUUCCGGAUUUGCAACAGCAAAAUACCUCCAACACAAUAAUAUCCAUAAAGUCUUCGUUUGUGGCUUUGAUGGCUUAAUGCAAGAACUUAGCCAGCAUGGAAUUGAAGUUCACAAUAUGAAAACAGACCCAGAACCACAACCAGCUGAAGCUGUUAUUGUUUCUAAGUCAGAGAGCUUAUCGCAUGCAGACAUUUCACGCGGAAUUUACAUUAUUAAGAACUUUGGUGCCAAAUUAAUCGGAACAAAUCCAGAUCCAAACUUCCCAAUGGCCGGAGGAAUUUUAAUUUGCGGAAGUGGCGCUUGUGUCAGAGCUUUCGAAGUAGCAGUUAACCAAGAUGCAACUGUCAUUGGAAAGCCAAACAAACCAAUGUUUGAUACAGUUUUACUUACAUUAGGAGUUACAAAAGAUGAUGUUGUUAUGGUUGGCGAUAGAAUGAUUACAGAUAUUGCAUUUGCAUCACAAAAUGGAGCUAGAUCAAUAUUGGUUUUGUCUGGAAUUGAUACUCGCGACGAUGUUCUCAAAUAUCCGGAACAAGAUAGACCUACAUGGAUCCAUCCUUCACUUGUUGAGGUUGCCGACAUGUUUGAAGAGAUGGCCAAGAAACAAUAA